AUGCCCAAACACAACCUCCUUCAUUUCGCCUCGACACUAGGUCGUGUGGUCGAGCGUUGCCGUGCCUGGUGCAGUUCGCUUGGAAUUCCCUUUUUUCGGUUUAGCCCACUCAUCUCAGCUGAUCUUCCUCUUGACUCAUCUGAUAAUCGACUGUUGUUACAGAUGAUGUGGGAGACUGAAGCCUAUCUGCACCAGUGCCGAGAUCGGAUCCACCGGCUCGCCAGCCUUCUUGUAGAUGAUGGCGAAGUGCACACUGUUGGCGGACUGAAAAGUCAGUAA